UGAAUUUCUAGUCCAUAUAAUUGUUAGUUUAAAAUACAACUGGGACAUUGAUCUCAUUCAUGUGGGAAAAAUGUUUCACCCGCAUUCUGAACGUAACGGCUUACAACUGUUCACUAUUUACAGGCGGCCGGAUGGCUGAGUCGGUAGAGUCGCGGAACGGUAUUCCGAUGGUACCGGGGUUUGAGUCCCAUUGAGGCUGCAUAUUUUUCUCACCCUGUGACUUGAAAGUAAAGCUAAGAAGUAAUUAGGGGACUUGGGGCUCUAUGUCUGUCCCCGCCAUUAAAGCUGUCACGUCGCCAUAUGACUUAAAUCACACAAUGUCUUACAAUUAAUUCCUAUUAUUUUGAAUCAUCAUUAAUGCCCAAAACUGUCGCCCAAAUCAAACCGGAAUGCUGUUCCAAUGUGUGAAUUACCCUUAUAUCCGGUUAAUCUCUUAAUACAUUAGAAACACGAACUAAUCGCUAAUUCAUUUGAUACCAUAAUUAAAUCUUUUUCUGCUAUAUUAAUUUGCAAUUAAUAACUAAAACGGGAAUUAUAUUAAUGGCAAAGAACAAACGGAUUUGCACUGGGAAACAGACGAAAAUUAAGAAAAGAAUAAACCCUAAAUCAAAUUGAAAUACAAUUAAAAUGUUAAAAUACGCCGUUUAAGAUUAGUUUAAGAGUAAAGCAAAUAAUUACAAUAGGUAGUAAAAUAUUUGCCAAAUUUUGGAGCGCCGGUAUUUUAAUAAACAUAUAUUUGUAAGAUCGACCGACUUUUAAAAGUUUGUAAUUAUUAUAGCAUAAUUUAAUAAGUACUUUGUACCAGUUUGGUUGAGCACGAAGUAAGUAUUGAUUUCAAAGUAGCCGUUAUAAAUAUGUGAAAAACUCUACUAAAUAGUUAGAAAUUUUAUUGCUGAAAUUUGCUGAACUGAGUGACUUCUGAUUAAUGUGUACAUGUUAUGGGUGGAUGGGGUAUUUAGUUUCUUGACCUGAAUGGAUGGCAAUUUAACAUGAGGACAACAUUUGGAUAUCUGUAAACAACAGAUUGCGAAAAGAGAUUGCAUUUUAAUCUACACUAGACCCUUUAAGAAGAUUCGGCGCUAAUUGCAAAGGAAACCUAUCUUAUUAACACUGUCGAGGGACUUGUUAAACUGUUGUAAACAUGAAGUCUUGUGGUAAAUGUGAUGUCGAGAUAAGUGUUACAUUUGAUGGACUGGAGACAGUGGAGCCCGUUCCUGAAUGUCUACAAGAAGCAUUUCUCAGUUCUUCGCCGACGGAAACAGGAACCAGUCAACAAAAUCACGUGACGUUGCCCAAUAGGUAUGCGCAGUGGGUGAAUAACUUUACGGACGCUGAGAAGCAGGAAAUAAACGUUGAUAUGGCAACAGAAACUACUCGUGAGCGGGAAAAAGAUCUAGGAACUGCACUCCAAUGGAUUAAACAAGAAAUGGCAAUUAUGAAAGAACAAGACAAGUCUCUCAUGAAACAGUUUGUUACACUAAGAUCGAAAAUUCUUCAACUUCGAUGCAUAUAUGAUCUCGAAGAGUCAUAUUCAGAUCACAGCCUAGACGAGAGCACCUAUUCUUUAGAUGACCGGUCGGAGAGUCUAUGUCUGAGCUCAUAUCAUACCCGCUCUAGUUCAGAUGUAGAAACGAAUGGAUUCCGGUCAAGGACGAGUUCUUUGCUAAUUCCAGAAAAUGAAAAACCAGGGCCAAUAACACGGAUCAAAUGGAAAAGUCACGAAUACUUGUAGCCCGAAUGGAAACGAGGCUGGUGUAUUCAAUGUAAGCAGACGAAGCGAGCGUUCGUCAAUGCAGAUGAAGCAGUUGGAAAGCGACCGGAUGUUAUGGAUAUGUGUGUGCCGAGAAUGACACCACAUUGUCUUCGAGAGGGUGUUUAUCUUAACCGGAAGUCACCGUAAUGCCACAAGUCACAUGACCAAACUGCAAAUCAUUAGUUUUCUGGGAAGUGAACUAUAGCUACUGACACAAUCAAGGAGCAUACAACCGGAAUUUAUAAUUGUGCAAACAGUUUUUCUAAAAGAAAACGACUUCAAUCAUACAUAUCAGUAGUGAGUUUGAUGUAAUUGACGACGACUACAAACAUGACUCGUACCAGCAGAGAAAUAUCAUGA